CGCGUCGCCUCCGCUAGAUGUCAGAGCGACUUGUUUUGACUCGGAGAAAAAUCAAUAAUUAAUUCCUCAUUUCGGCGCCUCCUUAUCUCUCCCAUUCUCCUCAUUUCCCUGGUGUUUUCGUCGAGCAAAUUUGAGCAUCUGAGACACCAUGGCCACUCUAGAAGACCGCAUCCUUGGGGAGAAGCUAGAGUAUUAUUGCAGCAGCUCGGAAGACGAGAGUGAAGAUGACAACGAGGAGGACGAGGAAUCAGGGUCGCAGUCAGCUGUCAAGGAUGCAAGUCUUGAGCCUCCUCCUGAGAUGGAGCUGCGGAGCUGGGAGGGAUCUUCCACCAAUACUGGGCCCAAAGGUGUGCUGAAAGAUUGGCAGCGUUUCAAACAGUUGGAGACAGAAAAACGCAAAGAGCAAGAAAGAGAGCGCCUUGAUCUUGCGAAGAAGCUAGCAAUGAGCUGCAGGUCACAUCUCGAGGACGAAAAGGACAAGGAGAAGCAGAACGAGGAGGAGGAGGACGUGGACCGCCUGAUUGACGAAGAGUUCCUGCGGCAGUACAUCUCCAAGAGGAUGGAGGAGAUGAUGGCCACAACCUCCACCAAGGCCCAGUUCGGUACACUGAUUGCACUCGAUAACGGAGACUCAUUCCUUGAUGCCAUUGACAAAGAGGACAAGGAUGUCACAAUUAUUGUUCACAUAUAUGAGGAAGAAGCUGCAGGAUGUGAGGCCAUGAAUGGUUGCCUGGCUUGCUUGGCUCUGGAGUAUCCACAUGUCAAAUUCUGCAGAUUACACGCAACAGCGGCAGGUGUCAGCAGUCGCUUUAAAGUGACAGGUCUACCAGCAUUGCUGAUCUACAAAAGUGGACAGAUGGUGGGCAACUUUGUCCGCCUCACGGAUGAAUUUGGUGAAGACUUUUAUGCCACUGAUGUGGAAUCAUUCCUUAUAGAACAUGGAAUGCUCAUCGACAAGACCCUGAUCCCUCCCGGAGUCACCAUCAAGGGACCUUCCAUCAUGAAGGAGGAUGAAGACAGUGACUUCAGUCUGGAGGACUAACCCCCCACACCCUUUCCUAAAGGCGUAUGGUUAAGUUCCUCCUCACCUCGUCUCCUCUGCUCUCGUCUUCCUCGGCGGUGUACGCCCUCGAUGCCAGUCUCAACCACAGCCGUAGGAGGGUUCUCUGUCCUUGUGCAUUAGGGUUCUCUCUUGACUUGGGUCACAAUGAAAAUUCGUGUUCUCGGUUAUCAAUUAUGAUUUCGCUGAUGUCUUCUUCUUUUGUGUCUGUGGAAGAAAGGUAUAAUUGAAGAGUGACUGAAGACCCACAGUUCAAAUAUAACUUUGUGUUUGCAAAGUGAUUUAUCUUAUAUAUCUUUAUCUAUAUCUAUGUGUCUGUUGAUCAGUCUAGAUAUCUGUCUCUCUGUGUAUCUAUAUAGAUAGAUAGAUAUAAGGAUAUAGGUACUUUUUCUUCUAUUUCCUCUUCUUCAUGAUCAUCAUCAUGUCCAUUUCAUUAUUACAAGUUAAAUUCCUUGUGAUUACUCAGAAACAUAGGAAUGUGCCAUCGUAUUUUACCACUAACACCAUUACAAAAAACUCAUAUAUAUAUAUAUAUAUAUAUAUAUAUAUAUAUAUAUAUAUAUAUAUAUAUAUAUAUAUACAUACAUACUCUUUAAAGAUACACUAGUAACUUCAAACCAUUUGGUAAGGCUGUGUAAAAAAAUGUUACUCCUGUUCAAAAGAUGUGAAUUACCAAAAUCUUUCAAAAGACUGUGCAUAGUGUAAGGAAAUUAGAGAGGCCACAGUGUAUAAUAUUAUUUUAAUGGCAUUUAUUUGAUGACAGACCUGAUGUGUUGUGUUGCAGGGUCUGAUUAUGUGCUGAGAAUGUACCAGGUUUCUCAUUGUCUUAUUUAGAAAGACAUUCCUGAAUCUCUCUUCUGUGUCCUUGCCUGUAAAAGUGACAUCACUGAUAGUUCUUUGCAAUCAUGUUUUGUUUUUUCUCCCUUUCUUGAUUUUCCUCCAGGACCCUAUUUGCCACUUGUUAAAAUCUUUUGACUAAUUACUUGAAUUUAUAUAGUAAUAAUGUUCAACAUAAUGUGGUACAAUACGCAUAUGUAAUGUAUGUAAAACUAACAAGAAGUAUUUUGUAAUGAUAUAUGCAAUACAAACUAAAUGUUAU